AUGGCUGAUUCUGAAUGGAACCACACAGCUCUCCUGGUUAUUGACAUGCAGAAUGAUUUUAUAGAGGACAAUGGAUUGGUGAGAAUGGACGGAGGCGAAGCCAUUCUUCCUAAUGUUAUUAACACUGUUGAAAAGGCCAGGCAUCGUGGCAUUCUCGUUAAAUGGGUUGUUCGCAAGCAUGAUCCACAAGGAAGAGAUGUUGAACUCUUUCGCCGCCACUUCUACUCGACGGGGAAAAUGUGUCCGGCCUGUAAGGGAAGUCCAGGUGCAGAACUUGUAGAGGGCCUUGUGAUCAAAGAAGGAGAUUAUAAGUUGGUGAAGACACGCUUCAGCGCGUUUUUUGCUACUCCUCUUCAUUCAUUUCUUCAAAGUGCCGGGAUUCAUAGCUUAGUAAUAACGGGUAAAUAA